UCUUUCUCACUCACGCUCAAGGCUGCCGCCGCCGCCACCGACGCCACCGCCGCCGGUAGCCCGCGCCGCCCGGCCUCUCCGACAUGCUGCAGAGCAAGACCUUCGUGAAGAAGACGAAGGCAGGCCGCGUCCAGAAGGUGGUCAGGGAGCACUACCUCCGCGACGACAUCUCCUGCGGCGCCGCCUCCUGCUCCACUUGUGGCGCGGUCGAACACCCACUCUCCGCCGACGCGGCCGCCAUCCUUGUCGUUGACACCAACGUCGUGCUCCACCAGAUCGAUUUGUUGGAGAAUCCAGUGAUUGACGAUGUUGUCUUACUAUCGGUUGUGCUGGAUGAGGUGAAGAAUAAAAACCUUGCGGUGUUCAAUAGGAUCAAGGCCCUGUGUUCCAACAAGGCAAGGAGGUUCUUCGUGUUCACCAAUGAGCACCAUAGGGAUACAUAUGUCAAAGAGAUGGUUGGAGAGAGCCCGAACGAUCGCAAUGAUAGAGCUAUUCGUGUGGCUACUCGUUGGUACCAAAGUCAUCUUGGUGAAAAUGUGAAGGUUUUGCUGAUCACAAAUGAUAGGGAUAACAAACGGAAAGCUAUUGAAGAAGGCAUUAAUGCUGAGACAGUGGAAUCAUAUGUACGGUCGCUUGCGCAGCCUGGUUUGCUUGAUUUAGUGGUUAUAUCGACUAGCGGAGAUGUCACCAUGGAAGACGUAGAAGAUCUUAGACCAUCCAAAAAGAAAGUAAUUUACAGUGAGCAUAAACCUAUGUCAGAAAUCACAGCUGGCCUGCGCUGUAGAAUUUACCAUCAAGGGAAGCUUCGAGUUAAUCGUUACAAUCCAUUUGAAGCUUAUGUUGGAAGUGAGAGCAUUGGCGAUGAGAUUGUUAUUCAUGGCCGCUCUAACAUGAAUAGGGCUUUUGAUGGAGACAUAGUUGCUGUUGAGCUCUUGCCACAAGAUCAAUGGCACGAAUCAAAGUCAUUUAUUGCAGACGAUGACGAAGAUCAAGAAGAAGAUGUGCAUUUAGCUCCAAAUAGUGCUGAUGAUGCCCCACGGAAAGCCAAUCCUGCACAGUCAACAGUUUCGUCAUCAGCUGAUUCGGUCUCUAGUCGCCCAGUUGGGCGUGUUGUCGGUAUUAUCAAGCGGAAUUGGAAUUCGUAUUGUGGAUCCUUGGAGCCAAUGCCCAUGCCUGCUGGUAGUGGAGGCGUUGCUCAUGCCCUAUUUGUGUCUAAAGAUCGACGGAUCCCAAAGAUUCGAAUUCAAACUAGACAGCUUGGCAAUCUUCUGGACAAAAGGAUUAUUGUUGCAGUUGAUUCAUGGGAUGUCUUGUCUCGAUACCCAUCAGGACAUUAUGUACGGACUAUAGGAGAUAUUGGUGACAAAGAUACUGAAACAGAGGUUGUCUUAAUAGAGAAUGAUAUCAACACAAGACCAUUCUCUACACAAGUACUUGCUUGUUUGCCACCAUUGCCAUGGACAUUAUCACCUGAAGAUCUUGCUAACCCCAAUAGACAAGACUUGCGCCAUGUGAGAGUCUUUAGUGUGGAUCCACCUGGUUGUAGGGAUAUUGAUGAUGCGUUACAUUGCACACCACUACCAAAUGGGAAUUUUGAAGUUGGAGUUCAUAUUGCUGAUGUCACUAACUUUGUUCAUCCUAGUACUCCUCUUGAUGAGGAGGCAUCACAAAGGGGCACUUCUGUAUAUCUUGUUGGACAGCGGAUUGACAUGCUUCCAAAGCCUUUAACUGAAGAUGUUUGUUCUCUUCGUGCUGAUGUUGAGAGAUUGGCGUUCUCUGUCAUUUGGGAAAUGACACCUCAUGCUGAUAUCAUAUCCACAAGAUAUACAAAGAGUGUUAUCAAGUCUUGUGCUGCAAUGUCUUAUGUGGAAGCGCAAGCAAGAAUGGAUGACAGCCGUUUGGUCGAUCCACUAACUGUAGACUUGCGGAACUUAAACUCAUUAGCAAAGAUCAUGAGACAUCGGCGUUGUGAAAGAGGGGCACUAACACUUGCUUCGGCAGAGGUCAAAUUCGAAAUUGAUAGUGAAACUCACGACCCUCUUGAUAUAGGUAUCUAUCAAAUUCGUGAGGCAAAUCAAAUGAUCGAAGAGUUUAUGUUGGCUGCAAAUAUCUCUGUUGCUGAGAAGAUUUUGAAGCACUUUCCCUUAUGUUCAUUGCUAAGGCGCCAUCCUAGCCCAACAAAGGAGAUGCUUGAGCCUUUACUCAGAACUGCCUCUUCUGUUGGGCUAAAUCUGGAUGUGUCAUCCUCAAAAGCAUUAGCAGAAUCACUUGAUAAUGCAAAGAAUGAUGACCCAUACUUCAACAAGCUUAUCAGGAUUUUGGCAACUAGAUGCAUGACACAAGCAGUUUAUUUCUGCAGUGGAGACUUAACCUUUUCUGAGUACUACCAUUAUGGGCUUGCUGCUUCUCUUUAUACACAUUUCACCUCUCCUAUUCGCAGAUAUGCAGAUGUUAUUGUUCAUAGGCUGUUAGCUGCUGCCCUAGAUAUUGCCAAACUUCCACCCCUCUUUCAGGAUGGUCCACAGCUUACAGGCGUAGCUGACAACUUGAACUAUAGACAUCGAAAUGCCCAGAUGGCAAGCAGGGCAUCGGUUGAGCUUCACACCCUCAUAUAUUUCAGGACAAGGCCAAUGGACACUGAAGCAAGAAUUGUAAAGAUCAAGGCAAAUGGUUUCAUAGUCUUUGUCCCAAAGUUUGGCAUAGAGGGGCCCAUCUACCUUACUCCAAAGGGAGACAAGGGAGGUGAUUGGGUAGUAGAUGAGGUGCACCAGACAGUAACCAAGCCCGGGACAAACGUCAGUUACGCUGUCCUGCAGACUGUUAUGAUUCAUAUGGAGGUGGUUGAGCCUCAGCCUCACCGCCCAAAGUUGCAACUCACCCUCAUAUGAAAAAUGUGCAAGUGAACUGUAUACUUGUGUUUAUCGUUUUUGAUAUAGCGCUGUAGCAGGGUCAAUUCUUUAAUUUAGAAUUGGUGAUUGAUGAUACUAUGAAACCCAUUUUAUAGGUUGAAAAGGACCUGGAUAUCUGAAAAGCAAUGUUCAGGUAUUAAUGGAGCAUAGAUACUAAAAGUGCAUUAUUAAAACGCUCUGACACGCUUAUCAAUUUUAAGGUGAUGUUUCAUA